AUGACGAAUUUAUUCCGUGGCAAUGUACAACCAAGUGCUCUACAAAAUGCAAUUGAAAGAGCAACAGAUGGAAAUCAACAAAGUGAAGAUUGGAGUUUAAUUAUGCAGAUUUGUGAUCAUGUUAGUGGUCAUGAAGAAAGUGCGCGAGAAGCAAUGAAAACCAUUCGAAAACGUUUACAGAUCAAUCCAACGACCCAUGGUUGGCGAACUAUUGGAUUAACUCUAACGCUAUUAGAAGCAUUAACAAAGAAUUGCGGCAAAAUCUUUCAUUUACAAAUUGCUCAUAAAGAUUUUCUGAAAGAACUAAAAGGGGUCAUUGGGCCGAAAAACAAUCCACCUGUUCCAUUACAAGAAAGAGUUCUUGGUAUGAUUCAAACUUGGGCAUUAGCGUUUCAUCACGAUCCUGACUUGAGAGCUGUCGAUCAUUUUUAUCAAGAUUGUAAACAACAAGGUUUGAUGUUUCCACCAGCUGAGCCAGAGAAUAUUAUUAAAGCAGCUGUUCCCGCUACAGGAACAAUUGAACGUCCUUCGCAAUAUGCACGCUCAGCAUCUCAACCAGGACCAAGACCAACAGGUCGAGACGAUCGAUCUGCAUCGGAUGGACCAUCUUAUCCUACUGAGUACAAGUCCAGCGCUCCGCAAGCCAUGGGAGUUGAUCAACUAGGGAAGUUACGUAGUGAACUGGACGUUGUACAAACCAACGCACAAGUUUUCGGUGAAAUGCUUGUUACAUUACAACCAGGCGAAGAAAAUCCACAAGACUUCGAACUAUUAAUGGAGUUGCAUAAUACAUGCAAACAGAUGCAAGCACGUAUUGUUGAUCUACUUUCUCAAGUGUCUGCUGAUGACAUCACGGUCGAUCUUUUACGUUAUAAUGAUGAAUUCAAUAAUUCGUUCAAAACUUUUGAAAGUUACAUGCAACAACGUGAUCGACGCUUCGGUGCGUCGCACAAACCAACCUACAAUUCACCGACAGCAUCAUCUCGUGCAGUACCAUCAUCGACAUCGAAUGCAGAGAAUGAGCCAGCAUUGAUACAAUUCGACGACGAUCCAAUACCGAUAGCAACCGGUUUACAAACUAUGAAUAUUAAUUCCAUGUCAGCAAGUGCAGUGCCAAAGAACAUUCCGCAACAAUCAAUAGCAUCGGCUGUUACUCGACCGGCAGCAAACAUUCAAGAUCCUGAACGAGACGUCAGAGAAAUCGAACAAUGGCUCAAAUCUCAAGGCGAUGAGAGUGAUACUGAUGAAACGAACCGUCCAACAGGAGAUACAACGCAUGCAUUCAAUAACUUUCUACAAAAACGUGUGUCUGCAAUAGCCGAACAAAGACCAUCUGAUCAACCAUCGUUGUAUCCAACCCUUCAAAAUCCGUCGAUCAAUAGCACACAAAGCAAUACUCGUCUCGUUGCGGGUAAUGUUGAUCACACAGGCAGAUGA